CUUGUUCAGUGCAGUUGUGUUUGACACUUUCACUCCAAACUCACACAGUAGUUUCAGUCUCGUUAUAAUUCUGAAGAAUCUGCAACAAUGGCAGCAUCUGGCCAGUUGGUGGUAGUGUUGAGCCUGUGCUUGCUGGCUACUGCCGUGUACUCUCAAGAGAACUCCUCUCCAGAAAAUGCGAGUACACCUCCCCCGAUUGGUAACGGGAUUUGUACCCACUACACUCAGGGUGGGACCCUCCUUCUGGACAUGCCGAAGGUCUUUGACAUGGUACUGAUCGAGUUUGGAAGGGAAAUCCAGACCCUGAAUCCAAUGCAGGUUGAGAAGUGGAUGAAUGAAGUAGAUGAAGAUCAUGACAGACGCCUCAACAUGGCAGAGUGUACCAAACUCAUUGAGAAUUUCAUGAGGACAGUCAAAAGGCCAUAAACAUGCACACACUGCAGAUAUAAACCAUCUGACUGCUAGUAAGGUCAGCAGUUAAGAGGUCAUAAUGCAAGGACACGUAAAAACACAUCUCACAAAAACAUAAUUGUAAUUUAGUUUCUCAUGUAAUCUUUGUUAAACAAUAUGAUGUAUCACUUUCUCAAUAUAAAGAAUUUGAUUGUUUAAGAUAUUAGUUAAAAAAUAGACAAAUAAAACAAAUCAAAACACAA